CUUUCUGUUUUCAAAGGUUUGAUCUUUGUGGUCUUCAGUGAAUGAAACGCUCAUGUUUUUGGAAAAAGAGAGAGAAAUUGUUAGUUCGGUUCUUAGUCUUGUUAACCAAUAUGCUUUAGAUGGAACUAAUGUUGCUAUUAAUAUUCCAAGGCUCUUACUUGACAAAAUUGAGAAACAAAUGUUUCAGGUAUAGAAUAAAAGAUGAUCUCACAACUAUAAGACAUUCUAUUGUUGAAAAGCAGGGAGAAUGGCAUAAAAAGUGGAAAGAAUUUCUUGUUUUGUCUCCUUUCAGUCUGAUUAAAAGUUGGACUCCAUCUGUAGAUCUUUUACCACCAAUGUCUCCCCUUUCAUUUGAUCCUGCCUCAGAAGAAGUGUAUGCAAAGAGUGUUCUUUGUCAGUAUGCUGCUUCACUUCCAGAUACACAUAAGCAACAUAAUCAAGAAAAUGGUUGUAGAGGAGACAGUGAUACCAUGGAAACUCUACAAGAUCUAGCCAACCGCCCUGCCUCUUUCUUGUUGCAGUCAGUUUUGCCAUCAGAUAGGAAUAAUGUUACACUACUUGAAAAGGACACAAAGAUGAGAACUCCCAAAGAAAAAAACGAAGCAAUUUCUAAGAAAACACCGGAAUUUGAAGUGGAAAAUUCUCCAUUAUCAGCUAUUGCAAAGAAUACAGAGAGUAGUGCAUUUGGAGGGUCUCUGCCAACUAAAAUAAGUGAUUCAUUUCAAAAAGAGCAAGAUCAUCUGGUAGAAGAGGUUGCCAGAGCAGUUUUAUCUGAUGCACCACAGUUCUCUGAAGGAAAAGAAGUAAAAUUAGAGGAAUUAAUUGAAUCUCUGGGUUCUAACCCCUUCUUAACAAGUAAUCAGAUUCCCCGCACUCCAGAAAACUUGAUAAAUGAAAUUAGGAGUUCAUGGAGAAAAGCUAUUGAAAUGGAGGAAAACAGAACUACAGAACCAAUUCAAAUGGAUACUGAGCAUAGAGAAGUAUUGCCAGAAUCAUCUUCUGUGUUGCAUGAUCAAAGAGAAGUUAGCAUGGCCGAUUUUCUCUUUGAAACCACUGUAUCAGAUUUUGGCCAGUCUCAUUCGACUGAAGAGAAAGAUGUUUCAGAUUGCAAGUGUGUGCUUCGGAAACAUGUGGUGACCAGUCACAUAGAUGAACCGCUAACACAAAAUCAGUCAGGUUUGUUAAAUAAGAAAGUAAUUUGCAAGCAAGAUUUGGAAUGUACAGCCUUAACCAAGCUUUCAGAAACUAGCCAAAUGGAGACACUCUCCCCUGCUGUUGGCAACAGGAUAGAUGUGAUGCGUGGCAGUGAAGAGGAGUAUACUAAAACACUGGACCACUUGCAAGCUUCUUGUAACAAGCCUUCCACAAAUAAAACUGCCUUGUGGAACUCUUUCCAGAUAUCAAGUGGAAUUAGUUCUGAGAGUUUUAAAGAUACUGAUUUUGGCAUAUUACAUGAAACUCUUCUGGAAGAAGGUGGUCACCUAAGUUUUAAUAGUUCCAGUAGUUCAGAGGCCAAUUUUAAACUGGAGCCAAAUAGUCCUAUGCAUAGUGGCAUUCUUCUAGAACAUGAAAGGAGACAGACUACUCCAGAAUCAGACUUCAAUAUUCAGGCUCUUUGCAGUAGAUAUGAGGCUCUAAAGAAAUCGCUUUCCAAGAAAAGGGAAGAAUCUUACCUCUCGAAUCCCCUAACACCUGAAAGACACAAACCAGUAUCGAGUCCUGCUACCCAAGAUGUACAAACAGAGGAUGUGCUUAACUUUUUGGACACCCAUGAUUUGCAUACUGACCGUACAAAGCCAUCAUUAUGCAUGUCCAUUGGUAAAAGAAAACAGUCUCUUUCACCACUAAUUAAGUUUUCUCCAGUGGAACAAAGAUUGAGGACCACAAUAUGUAGUCUUGGAGAACUACCUAAUUUAAAAGAAGAAGACAUUUUGAAUAAGAGCCUUGAUGCAAAAGAACCUCCAUCUGACUUGACAAGUUGAAGACAUACCUAUUUAAUAUGACUAUGAUGCACUUAAAUUGAAGCUAUGCCACAGGAUAGAAACUGAUUUAUAACUUAAAGACAUGUUGGAAGUGUAGCACUGUUUUUCAAGGUUUUAAAAAAAUUCCAAAUGCCUUUUAGCCUUCUUUAAUAUUUUUAGGUAAGGAAAGUAUGUUUGGAUUUUUUUUUUUUUUUGUACGUGUAUGAGAUUGAAAUGUGAAGUAUUUGGAAAGCAAAUGUCAAGGAAUGGGAAGUCAUUUUGAUUUCUUGAGUAAUCUUGUAAGCAUUAAGCAUAAAUGAUAAUGUACUAGUGUAAUUCUUAUAACUUAAGUCAGUUACUAUAAGGAUGAGUACUUUUGUAUGUUCACUAAGUGGUUAAUAGCCAUUGAAUAUACUAAUCUUUUACUGUUUCUUUGUGGAACAUUCUGGCUAACCAGAAAAAGUGAGAAAAGUAGUGCCUUGGGAGGUGUAGUGAAGAUGACAAAUUUUAAGACUGGAAAAGCUCUAAACAGGCUUCAUGAUUAUUGAAGUGGAAUGAUCCCAAGUAGUGAUGUUUAGUAGAAUAAAGUGCAUUUGAUUAUUAAGUGAAGACUGGGGUGGAAUGAUUUAAAAAAAGGAAAAAGAUGGAAGAAGAUGAGUAGACACUUGCAAGGAACACUGUCAAACUAUAAAUCCAUCCAGCGGGUUGUAUAACAUUUAUGUUUAGUCUAAUUUAGACUUCGAUAAUUUAAUCCUAGUUUAAUAUUUUAACAAAAAAUAUAAAUUAAAGUUUUCAUUAGUCUGUUUUAUUGUUGUUGGGUUUUUUUGAGGUACCCCAUGUUGGAGGAGAGGAACAAGGAACAAUCAUCAAAAUUCCUCAGUCCCUACAGAAUAGCCUCACAAUAACUUGAGAAAACGGGACUUGGAGUUAAAUACUUUGUCACGCUGGUACAGUCUCCUACCUCAUUCCUUCAGAUGCCCUGCCCGGAGAAAGACUUGUGUCUAGCAUCUAAGUGAACACAUACUGUCAUCCUCUGUAAACCAGGAGGAAUGGAUCAGGCACUGGAAGGGUGAUCUUACCUACCGUGCCCUUCGUAGACCCCAUCUCACAACCAUCAAAAUCUUGUCCACUAGCCCCCAAGGAACUGGCAAGGAGAGAAGGUGGAGGGGAAAUUUAUGGAAGUAUGUGGCUUAACAGUCAUCUUUCUUCACUUAUCUUGGGCUACCUGUCUCUAUGUUGUUUGUCCCGUCCCAGUGUGAAGACUCAUCUUUUUGUGAGAAAAGACAAAAGAAAGCACGUGUAACUGCCUUCUUUGUAAUGGAAAAGGAGGAAUAAAAAGCUUCAUGAACUAA